AUGUUCCAAAUCUUAUUUGUAUUAUUUCUUUGUUCAAUACCAAAUAUUAAUUCAAAAUGUAUUUGGUAUGAAGGUAUACGAGAUAGUUACAAUGAAAUAUAUUUAAAUGGUGAACCAAAACCUUUACCAGCAAAUGAUACUUAUCUUUUGAAUGAAAUGUGUCCUCAUAUAGCAACACCAAAUGGAAUUUCACCUAAUUUAUGUUGUGAUCGUAAACAAUUAGCUGAAAUGCAAAAAUUUAAGUAUAUGCUUGAUAAUAUUAUUGGUCGUUGUCCAUCCUGUUAUUAUAAUCUUUUACGAAUCUUAUGUGAAAUGUCUUGUAGUCCUAAUCAAGAUCAGUUUAUAUGGCCAUUGGAAACAUUAAAUAUAACACGGCCUAAUGAAAAUGAAAAAGUGAUAUCAGAUGAUAAAAUACGAUCAGAAUGGGCUUUAGCAGAUUAUGAAGAUCCAGAUGAAGAAGUAGAUGAACAAGAAGAAAAUGUAAAAAAAUUACCAUCAAAACCAAUUGAAACAGUACAUGUUGUUAGUAAAAUUCGAUAUUUUUUAUCAGAAAAACAAGCACAAGAUUUUAUUGAUUCAUGCUGGAGUGUUCGAAUCAAUUUUCAAUAUGCUAUUGAUAUUCUUUGUGGUUCAAUAAAUCGUGGAUGUGAUGUUAAAAAGCUUUUUCAAUAUAUUGGCUUAAAAAAUACUCAAUCACCAAUGAAAAUUGAAUUUAUUUUUACGAAUGAUACUUAUUAUGAUCAAGAAUUUCAACGAACAUUUCAACCAUCGAAUGCAACGAUGUUUGCUUGUGAUCAACCUGUUAUUUUACCACAUGUUUCAAGACAAAAGUGUACUUGUAUGGAUUGUAAUGCAAUGUGUCCAAAAGCAACUAAUAAUACAAAAACAAAAACGAUAAUUACAUCAGAUAGUUCAUUUUUGAUAAAAUUAAAAUCGAAAAUUAGUGAAUUACAUCGUAUAACAAUUGCUGCUAUUAUUUUAUAUAUAAUAUUUGUUAUUAUUUUUAUUAUUACUAAUGUACUUAUGUGUAUAUGGAAUGUAAAAAUUAAUCGAGAAAAAUAUUUUCUUGCAAAUCAACAUAAUAGAAGCUCAAUUGAAAAUGAAGAAGAAAUGAAACAUUUAAAUAAAAAUCAUCAUCAUCAUGUACCUUUACCAAUACAAGAUGAAGAAGAAUCCGAAGCAUCAUUUAAUGAUAAUCAUAAUGGUUUAUUAGAUAGAUUAGGUGUUAAAAUUGAUGAUAAUCUUCAUAAAAUAUUUUCAUCUAUUGGUCGAUUUUGUGCUUAUAAUCCAUUUUAUACAAUUGUACCAGUUUUUGCAAUUUUAUUUGUUUUAUGUUAUGGUAGUCGUUAUUAUACUGUAACUACAGAUCCAGUUGAUCUUUGGGUAUCACCAAAUUCUCGUGCACGACAAGAAAAAGCUUAUUUUGAUGAAAAAUUUGGACCAUUUUAUCGUAUUGCUCAUUUAAUUCUUGUACCAAAAAAUAAGAAUAAUAUUGUUCUUCGAUAUAAAACUCCAUUAGAAGCUGAAGAAAAACAUACAUUUGGACCUGUAUUUGAACGAAAUUUUCUUCUUGAUGCUUUACGUUUACAAUUAUUUAUUGAAAAUUUUAAUGUAACUAAAAAAUCUGGUGAAAAUAUCUAUUUAAAUAGUACUUGUUUUAAACCACUUGAACCUGAUAAUAAUCAUUGUGCUAUUUUUUCAUUAUUUCAAUAUCAUCAAAAUAAUUUAACCUUUCUUUUAAAUGAAUCAUUAUAUUCAUCACAAUAUCUUGAAUGUAUGCAAUCACCAUUAACACAAGAAACAAAAUCAUUUCAACGUACAUGUAUGGCACAAUUUGGUGGUCCAGUUGAUCCCUAUAUGGUACUUGGCGCUUUUUCAACACAUGAUAAUGUACCGGAUUAUACCAAAGCUCAAGCACUUAUUAUAACAAUAACAAUAAAUAAUAAACGUCAUGGUGAACAACUUGAAAAUGCACUUUUAUGGGAAAAAUAUUUUUUACAAUAUAUGAAAACUUAUAAAUCAAAAUGGUUUGAUGUUAGUUAUCGUGCUGAACGAUCUAUUGAAGAUGAAAUUGAACGUGAAUCAAAAUCUGAUAUAAAAACAGUUCUGAUAUCAUAUAUGAUUAUGUUUCUUUAUAUUGCAAUUGCAUUAGGACGAAUAAGAAAUUUAAGACAUGUUCUAGUUGAUAUGAAAGUUUCAUUGGGUAUUGCUGGUGUUGUACUUGUUGCACUUAGUGUUUGGGCUAGUGUUGGAAUAUUUUCUUAUAUGCGUAUACCAACAACAUUAAUUAUAUUUGAAGUUAUACCAUUUUUGGUAUUAGCUGUUGGAGUUGAUAAUAUUUUUAUCUUAACUCAAACAAUUCAACGUGAUCGUCGUUUACCAGAUGAAGAUGUUGAAAGUCAAAUAAGUCGUAUAGUUGGUCGUGUUGGUCCAGCUAUGUUAUUAACAUCUUUAUCUGAAAGUAUUGCAUUUUUUCUUGGUGCAUUAACACCUAUGCCUGCUGUACGAUUAUUCAGUUUAUAUGCUGGAAUGUCUGUCUUAAUUGAUUUUCUUUUACAAAUUACAAUAUUUGUUUCAUUGAUAACACUUGAUCAAAAACGUACACUAGAUAAACGUUUUGAUGUAUUUUGUUGUUGUCAAGUACCAAAAAAGAAACGAAAUGAUGAAAAUAAAUCUGUUGAUGAAAAUACAGAUCCAGUUCAAACACCAUUAACAACAGAAAUUGAAUCAAAUGAAGAAAAUUUUACUGAAACUGAAGGAUUUUUAUUUCAUAUAUUUAAACAAUAUUAUGCACCAUUUAUAAUGAGUGAUUAUAUUCGACCUUUAGUUAUAUUUGUUUUUUUUACUUGGCUUGCAACAAGUAUUGCUUUAAUACCGUAUGUUAAAAUUGGUUUAGAACAAAAUAUAGCUAUGCCAAAAGAUUCCUAUAUGAUUGAUUAUUUUUCUUCAUUGAAACAAUAUUUUGCUGUUGGACCACCCGUUUAUUUUAUUAUUAAACCAGGUAUUAAUUAUGGUCAUAUAAAUGCAAGUAAUAUGAUAUGUUCAAGUGCUGGUUGUUCAUCUGAAUCAAUUGCAAAUCAAUUAGGUAUCGCAUCACUUUAUCCAACAGAAACUCGAUUAGCACAAAUUGGUACAACAUGGCUUGAUGAUUAUUAUGAUUGGUUACGUCAUCGUGGUUCAACACCAUGUUGUCGUUUAUAUAAAGAAACAAAUGAGUUUUGUUCAACAAAAUCUUCGUCAUCUGCUGAUUGUCAUGUUUGUACACAUAGUACAACACGUGAAGAUUUAACAGAAAAUGAGUUCAAACAAUAUUUACCAUUUUUCUUAAAAGAUAAUCCAAAUUUAAAAUGUGCUAAAGGUGGUCAUGCAGCACAUGGUAGUAGUGUUAAAUUAUAUGAUGUUAAUAGUACAGUUGAAACAAGUCUUAUUAUGGGUUAUCAUAGUCUUUUAAUAAAUUCAAAUGAUUUUAUUGAUGCUAUGCAACAAGCAUAUAGUUUAACGGAUAAUAUAACAAAAACAUUAAAAAAUAAUGGUUAUGAUAUUGAAGUAUUUCCAUAUAGUAUUUUUUAUGUUUUUUAUGAACAAUAUUUAACAAUUUGGCAUGAUGCUUUUAUGAAUUUAGCUAUAUCGGCAACAGCAAUUUUUAUUGUAACAUUUAUUUUACUUGGACUUGAUAUUAUUUCAGCAUUUAUAAUAACAUUAACAAUAACAAUGAUUACUUGUGAUAUGAUUGGUAUGAUGUAUUUAUGGAAUAUUGAAUUAAAUGCUGUAUCACUUGUUAAUCUUGUUAUGUCAGUUGGUAUAUCACUUGAAUUUUGUGCACAUAUAUGUCGUGAUUUUGUUUUAUCAUCUCAACGAUCACGUUUAAGACGUGCUGAACAUGCACUUGCUGAUAUGGGUAGUUCGGUAUUUAGUGGUAUAACUUUAACAAAAAUUGGUGGAAUUGUUGUACUUGGAUUUUCUCAUUCGCAAUUAUUUCAUAUAUUUUAUUUUCGAAUGUUUAUUUGCAUCGUAUCAUUCGGUGCUGCACAUGGUUUAAUCUUUUUACCAGUUUUAUUGAGUUAUAUUGGUCCAAGUCCAAAUCGUAAUCGUCGAUCAACAAGGGAAUCGAUACAAUUGCAAAAACAAUUGUCUUUAAAUGUAACAUCUUAA